AUUUGUGUACCUAAAUUCCCUACCUCUUAAAUGGGACAUAAUGAUAUAGAACAGAAUAUUUCAGUUGGAGGGGACCUACAAUGAUCAUCUGUCUCACACUGGACUUCUGUUCUGUCCACACCUCUGACAGUCAUCACUGAGACACUUUUUUUCCGAAAAAGAGGAAGGAAAACCCAUCAGCAGCUUUCCUGGGCUCUCGAUGACAAAGUGAGCGAAGAAAGGGACGUGUUCCUGAUUUACCCCCUGACUUGGAGAGAGCAGGUCUGUCCUCCCCGAGGGGGAGAAGCUGCAGCGCUGGGAAGGAUGGGAAUGCUGGUGAGAGCAGCCAUGCUUAUGAGUCCUCUUCUCCUCUGCAACGCUUUUCUGGACCUGACUGGCCCCAGUGAGAUCAAAGGCGUAUGGAAGGGAUCCACCACCUUGCCGUGUGCCUAUGUGCCUGUGAAGGACUUCGUACAGCAAACGCUCAUGUGGACUGUGGCACACGACCAGAGCUCUGGCACCAUCUUUCGGAGGGAUGGCUCUGGCGACCACGUUCUCCUGUCCGAGUACAGGGACAGGGUCAGUGUCCUGAAGGACGCCCCAGGGAACGUGUCUCUCCACAUCUUGAACCUGGAGGUCUCUGACAGGGGAACCUACACUUGCCAGGUCACCUGGAGAGCCAGCAACAAGAGCCUGAUAACAAAAGAGAUCACCACUAAAGUGGAGGUUGUUAAAGUUGCAGCGACCAAGCCCGUCAUCAGGGCCAGCGAGCCGGGGCUGACUUUCCCGGCAGGAGCCCGGACCAGCCUGACCUGUGUGGCCAGCGGGUCCCCCCCCAUCAGCUACCGCUGGUUCAGGGGCACCCCGGGAGGGAAAGCCCUGCUCCUGAGCAGCCAGGCCGAGCUGGCGUGGGACAGCCUGCGGCCCUCCGACACCGGGAAGUACUACUGUGAGGCCGAAAACAGGGUCGGGGCCGGGGCUGUGCAGCAGAGCGACGCCGUUGAGCUGACGGUGAGAGAUCUGCCCACAACAACAGUGGCCUCUCGGAGGGAUGUGGGAACCUCGGGGAGACACCACCCAACCACAGGUCGGGAGAAAAAACAAACGGAGCUGGUGUUCAGAGGCACCUCAGUAAUCUCUUGGACUCCAUGGGGCUCCACCACCAUUACAGACCUGCCCAUAACAGUAGUGACUUCUGAGAAUGGUGUGGGAUAUCCAGAAAAGAAUUAUACAACUCAGAAUUUCCAGAGGACUCACCUGCCCCUGUACGUGGUCAUCCUGAUUGCUGUGGUUUGCGGUGCUGUGAUUUUCCUUGUCAUCUUUCUUAUCAUUUGCAUUAGAAAGCCCAAAGAAGCUCAAGUCUAUGAAGUAAAAUUCCAUAACUCGAGAGCAGCAGCUUCUUCAAGGUGUGAAAGUACAGGUUAUUAUGAGGAACCCAUCUCUGCCACUGAAAACAACUAUGUGAUGGAGCCCGUGAAAAAGAAAAGAUCUGAAGAAAUAAAUAUGAAAGAGAAUGAAUAUAACUGUAUUGGAAACACCCAAGAGUCUGAAUAUGAAGUAGGGGACGCUGUAUGAGAACCAACAGUGCUCUACAGGUAGCGUUCCUGAAGAGUACCUUCAUCCAGGCAAAAUUUAUCUUCCUGUUCACCUUUGCCUCUGAAAAACAGGUUGGACAAGCAGUUUUUGCUCCUCCACUAUUUGUGGAGCCGCAACAAUCUCUGCAGUGAAAAUGCAAACCUCGUUAGGAACUUAAUUCAUAGACUGCUGUAUAGAUCUUCUGAUGUUGCUUUUCUUGGUUCCCUUUCCCCACCUCUGUAGAAGACAGCCCUUGGAAAGCUAGGGUAUGCAGACCCCAGGCCAACAGCACUGCACUAAACUUACUGCUUUAUAAGACCAAAAGGAUCUGCGUUCACAGCCUUCCUGUGGUGGGAGCAGAACCAGCACCAAGGGCGGCUCAACAUCCCCAUCAUCUGGGGGGAUGGCAUCAUCUGGCAUCAACAUCCCCAGAACAAGGCAGGCCUGGGAAUCCGCGUUUCUCCUCCCAUCCAUCUGAAGUGCUGCAUAGGUGGUAGAAUGUCCUUUUAAAUGUGAGACAGCCCUUAAAGAAACACUGAAAGACAGAUUAAAGCCAGGAUAAAACCAAGAACCUUACCACACUAGGAGCAGCAGUACAAAAAGAAGAAAUGUCCCGUGCACCCGUCGUGCUGCGCUCAAUAUGCCUUUCUGCAGCACUCGCAAUAAGGCGCAGACACACUUGCUAUAGUUGUGGCGCUGGACAGCUCGGGCGAUUCCGAUACUGCAACAAGGCACUUUCUUUCUGAGUUCACCUUCUCUAUUCUCUCUUUUAAUGCAUGCUUAAUAUUUGAAAGAAAUUAGAUACUUUUCCAUAAGGUUGUGGAUAGGAUUGUUUACACAUGCCUAAAUUAUUUUGCUAUGAAUAUUUUUGCACAACCGGCUCAUCUUUAAAAUGCCAGCAAGCACUCACAAUUACAGCUCCUCAGUAGGUACUCAUGAAGUACUUUCCUCCCGGCUUAGAAGGCCUGAAGGGUAAGUAGGGAGCUGAAAAGCUUUGUUACUCAUAAUUUCUACCACCCUGAGUAAAUCUAUAACAUGGAUAUCACAGAGUUAUGGAAGAAUCUUCUUAUAAUGAAUGACAGGGCAAUCCCAUGUCCGAUUAAAAGCCAUGCGGACAGAUGUAAAACAAAACGAGCGAUCUGAGGGGCCGGGGGGAUAUCGGUGACACAGAUACAGGAUUAGUGGGCCCCCAGAUUUGUUGCUCACACUCGGGAAAGAUCUGCAUCUGCACUUCUCUGCAAGCAUCAGCUCAAAAUUCACUGGUGUUCAAAGACAGUAUUAGGUGCUUUUAGGGAAGGCAUUACCAUGCAAUAGAAAACAGGAUUGUGAUACUGUAAAAACCCAUGGAGUACUUCCACCUUAUGUAUGCAUGUAGGUCUCUCAUCCUGACAGGGUUUAACAGAGCUAGAAAAGUUACUGAGAAUGAUAAUGAAGGAUGAUUAGUGGCAUGAAACCACUUCUGUGCAAAUGCAUUAUACCUUCUCAGCUUGGAAAAAAGAGAAGAAGGAGGCAAAAUGAGCAAAGUGUACUCGUCAUGACCAGUGUGGAGAAGAUGAAUAGGGGCUAUUUGUUUACAGUUUCUCCAAAGAGAAAAGGAAGCAGACAUUUAAAGGGAGAGGAUAAGUACUUCUUUUAUGCAAUACAGAAAUAAGUUUGGAAUGCAAUGCUACUCAUCCAGUGCUAUGACAACCCAAAGUACACAGAGGUCCAAUGAGAAAUUAGAGGAAUGAAUGAUCUAAAAGUUCAUCAAAAUUCACAAACCACCAGGCACACUUUACAGGUACUUAUCAGUGACCUUACACUUUCUCCCUGAAUCUCCUGUACCACAACUUUUAUUUCUCUUUGUUAAGAAUGCACUUAAAAUUAAGGGCUGGGAAACCUUGAUUUCAAAAUGGAAAGGGAACAAACAGCAGCUUUUGUUGGUGAUGACCUCUUGGAAAAAAUUGUCAACAUGUACAUGCAGCUUAUUGCAAAUGUGGAGAAGCAAAUGAAAAUCAUUAAACAUCAGG